CCAAACAAAAUUGAUAUGUAUUGCCAAUUGACCUCCAGACAGAUGACCAUGGAUGAAAAAUAUGUAAACAGCAUUUGGGACCUUCUGAAAAAUGCAAUUCAAGAAAUCCAGCGUAAGAAUAACAGUGGUCUUAGUUUUGAGGAGCUCUAUAGAAAUGCUUAUACAAUGGUUUUGCAUAAACAUGGAGAAAAGCUCUACACUGGACUAAGAGAAGUUGUUACCGAACAUCUCAUAAAUAAGGUGCGAGAAGAUGUACUAAAUUCAUUGAAUAACAACUUUCUUCAAACGCUAAAUCAAGCUUGGAAUGAUCAUCAAACAGCUAUGGUGAUGAUUAGAGACAUACUAAUGUAUAUGGACCGUGUAUAUGUACAACAAAAUAAUGUGGAGAAUGUCUACAAUUUGGGAUUAAUUAUUUUUCGAGAUCAAGUUGUACGUUAUGGGUGUAUUAGGGAUCAUCUACGACAAACGCUUUUGGACAUGAUUGCGAGAGAGCGGAAAGGAGAAGUUGUAGAUCGAGGCGCAAUAAGAAAUGCUUGCCAGAUGUUAAUGAUUUUAGGUCUCGAAGGACGAUCCGUCUAUGAAGAAGAUUUUGAGGCUCCUUUUUUGGAAAUGUCUGCAGAAUUUUUUCAGAUGGAAAGCCAGAAAUUUUUAGCAGAAAACAGUGCUUCAGUAUAUAUAAAGAAAGUAGAAGCUAGAAUUAAUGAAGAAAUAGAACGGGUGAUGCACUGCCUUGACAAAUCAACCGAAGAGCCAAUAGUAAAGGUGGUCGAGAGGGAGCUCAUUUCCAAGCACAUGAAAACCAUAGUAGAAAUGGAAAAUUCUGGGCUAGUACAUAUGUUGAAAAAUGGAAAGACAGAAGACCUUGCUUGCAUGUACAAGUUAUUUAGUCGUGUGCCAAAUGGCUUGAAAACAAUGUGUGAGUGUAUGAGUUCCUAUUUGAGGGAGCAAGGUAAAGCCCUUGUUUCUGAGGAAGGAGAAGGAAAGAAUCCUGUUGACUAUAUACAGGGCUUAUUGGAUCUGAAGAGUAGGUUUGAUCGCUUCCUCCAGGAAUCGUUCAAUAAUGACCGGCUCUUUAAACAAACUAUCGCGGGUGACUUUGAGUAUUUUCUCAACCUCAACUCCAGGUCCCCUGAAUACCUCUCAUUAUUUAUUGAUGAUAAGCUGAAGAAGGGAGUCAAAGGGCUAACAGAACAAGAAGUAGAAACAAUAUUGGAUAAGGCAAUGGUCCUUUUUAGGUUUAUGCAAGAAAAAGAUGUAUUUGAACGUUAUUAUAAACAACACUUGGCAAGGAGACUUCUCACAAAUAAAAGUGUUUCUGAUGACUCUGAAAAAAAUAUGAUAUCUAAGUUAAAGACUGAAUGCGGAUGUCAGUUCACAUCAAAACUGGAAGGAAUGUUUAGGGAUAUGAGCAUCUCAAACACAACUAUGGAUGAAUUCAGGCAGCAUCUACAGGCAACUGGGGUAUCUUUAGGUGGUGUUGAUCUCACAGUCCGGGUGCUCACGACAGGAUAUUGGCCCACUCAGUCAGCCACACCAAAGUGCAACAUCCCACCAGCACCAAGACAUGCUUUUGAGAUAUUCAGAAGGUUUUACUUAGCCAAACACAGUGGUCGACAGCUCACACUCCAGCAUCAUAUGGGUUCUGCAGAUCUCAAUGCCACAUUUUAUGGACCAGUUAAAAAGGAAGAUGGAUCCGAAGUUGGUGUUGGAGGGGCACAAGUAACGGGCUCUAAUACACGGAAGCACAUAUUGCAGGUCUCCACUUUCCAGAUGACCAUUUUAAUGCUCUUUAAUAAUAGAGAAAAAUACACGUUUGAGGAAAUUCAGCAAGAGACGGAUAUCCCUGAAAGAGAACUUGUUAGAGCUCUGCAGUCCCUUGCCUGUGGUAAACCAACACAGCGGGUUCUUACAAAAGAGCCCAAAUCCAAGGAAAUAGAAAAUGGCCACAUAUUCACAGUUAAUGAUCAGUUCACAUCCAAACUACACAGAGUCAAGAUUCAAACAGUUGCUGCCAAACAAGGUGAAUCUGACCCUGAAAGGAAAGAAACGAGGCAGAAAGUGGAUGACGACAGAAAACAUGAGAUCGAAGCUGCUAUUGUGCGGAUAAUGAAAUCCAGAAAGAAGAUGCAGCACAAUGUAUUAGUAGCAGAGGUAACUCAGCAGUUGAAGGCUCGAUUCUUACCAAGUCCAGUUGUUAUUAAGAAACGUAUUGAAGGACUUAUUGAGAGAGAAUAUUUGGCACGAACACCUGAGGAUCGCAAAGUAUACACAUAUGUAGCAUAAAAUGCGUUCAGAAAUUUGAUUUAUUCUUGGACUGUACUCUUCGCAUGGACUGAGAAGUUCUUUUAAAUCAUUAAAUAUUAAGACGACCAUCUCUUCUAUUAAAUUACAGUACAUGUUCUAGACCAUUCAGAUCAAGCCUUUACUCCCUUUGAGAGUUUUCAACAUCAAUUGAUUGAGCUUCAGGCUUUAACAACGUUUAUCCCUGUAGAGAUCAUCUUUACAGUUCCUCGGGAAAAUGUGAAUGUGCCGCGUUUUGUUUUCAAUACUGUAUGAAAACAGGAAAAAAUAAAACAAAAAUUUAGAAAAUACAGCUCAUUAAAAUAAAAUUGUUGGAUUUCAUUUCCCCAG